GGGACCGCCCCCCCCGGCAGUGCCGGUCAUGAGCGCGGCGCAGGCGGACGCGCAGGCAUUCUGCCAGCGGGCUCCCGUCUUCCUUGAGUACCUGCAGAGCAUCCUGCAGAAGUACCCCGAUGGGGGGCAGAUCCUCAAGGAGCUGGUGCAGAACGCUGACGAUGCCGGCGCUAAGGAGGUCGUGUUUGUGUCUGAUGAGAGGGAGUUCGACGUCACCAGAGGAGGGCUGGAGGGCACCCAGGGCCCAGCUCUCCUGGCCUACAAUGAUGCCCUGAUGUGCCCCCGGGACUGGGCAGGGAUCCUGAGCCCAGGGGUGUCACACAAGCGGAAGGACCCCGGCACCGUGGGGCGGUUUGGCCUGGGCUUCACCUCUGUCUACCACCUCACUGACCUCCCAGGUGUGCUGAGCCCCCCAUUCUUGGGGGUGCUGGACCCCGAAUGCCGGGUGCUGCCAGGUGCUGGUGCCCGCUGGGAUGUCUCUGCAGCCCAGGACCUUCCUGGCCUUUUCGAGCCCUUCUGGGCUGGGCUGGAGGCUGUGGGACAGCGCCGUGGCUCUGCCCAGGGCACCCUUUUCCGCUUCCCCCUCCGCCGGCAGCCCUCAGGAAUCGCUGCAGGGGUCUCCCAUCCCGAGCGCAUCCGUAGCCUCCUCCAGACCUUCCUCACUGAGGCCCCUCUUGCCCUCCUCUUCCUCCGCCACAUCCGCCGCGUGACCUUGUACCGCGUGGCCCCUGAUGGGGUCCAGACGCUCAUGGGGACCCUCGCGGCAUCCCCUCAGGCUCUCCCUGUCCCAGCGCCAUCAGGGGAUGAGGGGCUGAGCCUGGCGUGGUGCCUGCUGGCCCUGCGUGGGGAUGGAGCGGGGGACAGGAGCGAGUGGCUGGUGGCCACGGGCAGGGCCACGGAGGGUCCGGCCAUGGAGCUGGGGGCAAAGCUGGGGUGCUGCCCCGAGCUGAGCCUGGCGCACCCCCUCCAUGGGCCCUGCCGAGGGCGGCUGUGCUGCUUCCUACCCCUGCCAGCCACCGACGAGACCGCCACGGGGCUGCCCGUCCAUGCCAGUGCCCCCUUCGCCCUCUCUGACGACCGCCGCCACCUCCGCUGGCCCGAGGAGGGUGAGGAGGGUGAGGAAGAUGCCCGCUGGAACACCCUGCUGCUGCUCGGCCUCCUGCCACGGCUCUACAGCCACAUGGCUGCUGUGGCCAUGGCCCUGCCCGGCACCGACGCCUACAGCAUGUGGCCAGACCCCGAGCGCACGCCCGGCUGCGGCCGUACCCGCAGCCUGGUGACCCACGUGUGCCGGGGGCUGGCAGCCGCCCCCACCCUGGUGCCAGCCGCAGCGGGGCCCAAGGGGUGGCUGCGUGCUGCAGAGGCCGUGCUGCUGCCCGCGGCCAUGGGGGAUGCAGAGCGCGCGGUCCGGGCCUUGCUGCUGGCAGCCGGGGAGCCGGUGGCUGAGGUCCCGGUGCACGUCAGGAGGGCUCUGGCGCUGGGGAUGGCGCAAGGCGUGCGGGAGGCCACGGCGGGACACGUGCGGGAGGUGCUGCGGAGCCACGGCGCUGCGGGCGUUCCGGAGGCGGAGCGGCUGGCCCUGCUGCGCUAUGUGGCUGGGGAUGGGGGCCACGCUGAGCUGCGGGGGCUUCCCCUCCUGCCCCGCGCGGAUGGGACCUUUGUGGCCUUUGGAACCGCAUCAGACGUUGUCUACGUGGACACGCGCGACUGCCCCAGGGAGCUCCUGCCUGGCUUGGCUGGGUCUUUCCUGCCCUCAGACCUAGAGCCAGGCUUGGACAGGCUCCUGCGAGGCAUUGCCAAGGCAGGUCUCUUCCCCAACCUGGUUCUGCUGGAUCCAGCCAUGACUGUCCGGACCCUACGCUUGGCCCUGCCCUCUGCCUGGACGUCCCAGUCUUCAACCCCAGUGACCUGGUACCUGGACCAAGGCCCCCCCCAGCCCCCAGCCUCUUGGUUCCCAGCCCUGUGGCAAUUCCUGGUCCACCACGUGGAAAACCUGGGCCCUCUGGAGGGGCUCCCUCUCAUCGCUCUGUCCCCACUGGAUGCCCCCAGCAUCCGCCUGGCUCCGUUGAUUCCCCAGUCCAGUCUUAUCUUCCAGGCAUGGGAGGACCAGCGCCUGCCACUUGCUGUGUGCUCUGUGCUGGAGGUCCUGGGCUGCUCAGUGGUGCCUCCAGGCACGUGGCACCGCUGCCUGCCCCACUAUGUCUUACCUCCAUCCCCACUCAAUGUCCUGCGGGCCCUGGGCAGGCAGGGGGCUGCAGCUGUGGCCUCCCGCCUGGCCUCACUGCCUCCUGUGGAUGUGAACACCCUCCGGCUCUACCUGGCAGACAUCCCAUCCCUGACAAAGCAGGACAGGGCCACACUGGCUGCUCUGCCCCUCUUCAUCCCACUGCCCUGCUUGGCCACCCCACAGCCCACAAAGCUGGUGCCGGCCAGUGGCACCCUGGCAAUGGAGCCAGAGCUGAAGCUGCCUGGAGAUGUGGUGCUGCCAGAGGCUACGUUGCAGUGCCGAGAUGAAGCUGACAGUCGGCUCCUGGGGAGGCUCCAGAAGCCCCUCAUCAGCGUAGUCCAAGUGAUGCUGGAGGCUGUCAGAGCUGUGGCCAGAGGUGUUUAUGCGGGGCGGGCAGCUGAGACACAGGCUCUGCUGCUCUGGGUGCUGCAGAAGGGAGACAUCUUCUUUGCACAGAGCCCCCAGCUCCAGCAGGCCUGCAGCAAGCUGGCAUUCCUGGAGACUCCCAACGGCCCUGCACGCCCACAAGACCUCUACGACCCCUGUGAGAGCACCCUGCAGGCACUGCUGGGCCCCGAGUGCUUUCCUCCUGCUGCCUUCUGCAGCCCGCCUGUCCUCCGGGCCUUGAGAACCCUGGGCUUGCGGCACGGUGAGGGGUGCCUGCUGCCUUCGGACAUCCUAAAGGCUGCAGCACACGUGAGUCAGGGUGACAAGGCAGCUCUGGGCAGAGCUCAGGCACUGAUCGAAGUCUGCAACCACCCCAAGGCACUGUCUGGCUUCAGCAGUGCACAGCUCUCGCAGCUCCAGUCCUUGCCGUGGGUGCCUAGCUCCAAGUGCACUGGAAAGCCUGGGCAGCCCUUCCUGGCCCCAGAGAUGCUGCGGUCCACCCGGUACCAGCCCCUGGUGGGGCUUGCCAUGCAUCUGACUGCUGCUUUUGGGCCAGAGGCAGAGAAGAAGCUGGGGCUGAGCCAAACUCCACCACCAAAGAAAGUGUGGAAGCAGCUGAGGGAGCUGGCAGGGCGCAGGGACAUGGAUGAGGUAGGUGCUGCACUCCGGCCUGUCUACCAGCACAUGCAGGAAAACCUAAAGACCUUUGGGACUGCCCCGGACAAUGCUGUGGUGUGGACUGGAGCUGGGUUUGUCCUGCCCCGUGAUGCCGUGCUGAGCUAUCCUGAGGAGCUGGAGCUGGGGAUGCUGGUGCCCCGGGUGCCCCCUGACUUCCUGCCCUACAGCUGCCUCUUUAGGGCUUGGGGGGUGGAGAUGAGGGUAAGUGAGAAGAGAGCAGUAGCAGCUCUGCACUGCCUUGGGCAGGACAUAGACACACGCAGCUCCCGAGCUGGCACUGCAGCAGAGCUGCAGGUGGUUGUAGCUGUCCUGCAGUGGCUUAAGAGUCGAGGACACCAGGGUGAGGGCACGGUGCCAGUUCCUGUGAGGAUCCUGGAGGGCUCAGGCUUUGCCCUCCGUCCGGCUGCCACUACCGUGUACCUGGACAUGGAGCUGGACGCAGAGGAGGAUGUUCAGGAGGUGGUGCAUGUGGCAGUGCCGUCCAGCACGGCGACAUUCUUUGGCACGGAGCUGCUCAGUACGCGGGUGCUGGGGCCAGAGCCGCUCACCGCCUGCGGCCCCUCGGAAUCCAUCACCUUACGGCUCUGCAACAUCCUCCGGGAGUAUGGCGACGAAAGUGACCUCUUCACAGAGAUGGUGCAGAAUGCAGAGGAUGCUGGAGCUACCGUGUGCCGCUUCCUCCUGGACUUGCGACGCUGCAGAAAGGCCACCUCUGGGUUGCUAGAUCCCGGCAUGGGCGCCUGCCACGGCCCAGCCCUCUGGGCCUACAACGAUGCCCUGUUCACAGAGGAUGACCUCCGUAACAUCACACGGGUUGGGGCUGCUACAAAGGAGGGCCAGGCAGGCAAGAUCGGGCGCUUUGGGCUGGGCUUCUGCUCUGUCUAUCGUGUCACAGAUGUGCCGGCAGUGCUGAGUGGGGAAACACUGCUCAUCUUUGAUCCCAAUGGCACCCAUCUGGGCAAGCACAUCCCCAGGGCCGGCAGCCCUGGCAUCCGCCUGGACUUCUCCAGCCGACCACGCAUCCUCCGUGCCUUUGCUGAGCAGUUCUGGCCCUACCAUGGUAUCUUUGGGUGCCGCCUGCCUAAGCCAGGACCCUUUCCAGGAAGCCUUUUCCGUCUGCCUUUUCGCACUGAGGAGGAAGCUUUGACAUCAAAGAUUUGCUCAGAGGCCUUUGGUACAGUGCGCAUUCAGUCUCUUGGCACCAGCUUCCUCGGCUCUAACCGGCUCCUGCUGCUCUUCCUGCACAAGGUGAGAGAGAUGUCCCUGGAGAUGCUGCCAGACACAGCCACCUCUGCGGAGGAUACCAUGCCCCUGGCCAUGCUGCGGCGAAAGGAGAUCCGAGACUUGGGCACCCCUGGGGACCCCCCUAGCUGGGCAGCCAUUGAACAGCUCACAGCCUGCGAGGAAGCAUCCAAGACCACGUGGCACUACUUAGUUUUGGUGUGCCACGGUGAUGCGGACCUGCUGGAACUGUUUCACAAGAAUACACAGGCAGGGCACUCCCCUUCACCUCCCAUGGCUGGUGUGGCCCUUCCCCUUGCCCCUGCUGAAGACGGCAAGUGGGUGCCACGUCUGGAUGCCGAGGAGGGGCAAGUCUUUUGCCACCUUCCCAUCCCAGUCACCUCAGGGCUGCCAAUCCAUGUGCAUGGGGCCUUCAGCAUCCUCUCAAACCGUAAGGGGCUGUGGGACACAAAAGAGCGAGGUGAAUGGAAUCGAAUGCUGCUCCGCAAUGCCGUGCCUGUUGCCUGGCUCCGGGCACUGGAUCUCCUUCGCUCCAUGCAUGAGGCAGGUGAGUUGAAGAACUAUGAAUAUCACAUCUUCUGGCCAGACGCUAAUGCUGCCCGUUACCCCUUUACAGAGGCUGUGACUGGUUUCUAUCAAGCUGUGGCAUCCAGGAAUGGUCUCAGGCUCUUUUCUGAUGGCCGCUCAUGGUGCUCCCUGCAGGACGCUCGUUUCCUUCACCAAGCUGUGGUCAGACACCCCAAGCUGGGUGCUGUGGCGAAGCGUGUCUUUGCCACCACCCUGCCCUAUCCCCUGUUAGCUGUGGCCUUGCCAGAGGAGGUGCAGAAGGGCCUCGGGGAGGCAGCGAAAGCUGGCAUCUACGACUGGCCCCGCUUUUACUGCGAGCUUGUGCUUCCCAAUUUGAAAGACCUCUCUGCUGUUGACCGGGACCCACUGCUUCUCCAUGCACUAGAUAUGUCCCACCAUGAUGUCAACAAAGUGCUGCAGACAGUGCCCUGCAUUCCUGCCACCCCUCAUGGUCACCUGCAGUUCAUCAAUUGCCUGGUACAUCCCAGAGGCCGCACUGCCUCUUUAUAUGACCCUAGGGAUGGGCGCUUCCCCACUGGGGAUGCUUUCCUUUCCCCAGACAGACUAAGCCAACUAGAGAGGCUGGGCAUGGUUAAGGACAAAACGACCCUGCCAGAGCUGCUGGAACGGGCAAAGACAGUGAAACUUAUCUGGACCGAGGACCAUGCCAAAGGCUACCAGAGGGCUGCCUGCAUCCUUGAGCUGCUUCAGGAUGCAGUGGAGGAGAGGGUGAGCAACACCAUGCAGGCAGCUCUCCAGUCUGUGCCCUUCCUCCCUGGUAGACUGCCAACUGGUGAACACGUGCUGUUGCCUGCUGGCCAGCUCUACCUCCAAGCCCCACUAGUGGGACUCAUCCACCCUGUCUUUGCUCCUAAAGUGCUGGGGAAAAAUUUCAGCCUCUCCAGGGAAGUGGAAUCCUUCUUGGGACUGAACCGGCAGAUACCAGCAGCUACAGUCCUUGAGCAGCUGGAGGCACUGAGCUGUAGCUCCAAUGCUCUCCCUUUGAAGAACCUGCAGGACAGCGCCCAUUGCUGCUACAGUUACCUGCACACACUGCUCCAGAAAGAUCACUCCAUCUGGGGUGAGGUGGCUUCUGCAGUGGCCCAAGAGAAGCCCUUCAUCUUGGUGGGCUCCCACUUUGUGCCACUCAUGGCUGUGGCUGAGAAACUGUCAUUUAAGGCUGCCCCAUAUCUUCACCAGCUUCCAGAGCAGUACCAACCCUACAAGCAACUCUGGGAGUGUGUGGGUCUGCGCCACACAUUCACCUGGGAUGAUUAUGCCAGAGUCCUCCACACCCUGGCAGAGAUGCACGCUGGAGAGCCCCUGCCUGCCGCAGAGCUGGCUCUGGCCUUGCGGCUGGUGUCUGUUGGCUUGAUGGUAGAUGACAAAGAGCCAGAUGCCUACCAGACCCAAAGACUCUUUCUACCCGACCAGGAGGGCAUUUUACGUCCACGGGACAAGCUCCACUUCAAUGAUAUGCCAUGGAUGCCAAUGGACAGAGAUGUCCUGCUGUGCCAUGAACAGCUAUCCCGAGCCAUAGCCCAGCGCUGCGGUGUGCCUACCACACGCCACCGAGCACUGGAGAAAAGCCAACUGCUCAUGGCAGGCAUGAGCCCCUGGGCACAGCCAUUUGGUGCCCAUGAAGACUUGCCUACACGGCUGAAGAACAUCUUGGGUGAGUAUCCAGCAUCUGCUCGUGAUAUCGUGACAGAGCUGGUCCAGAAUGCAGAUGAUGCUGGUGCAAGGCUUGUGCACUUCGUGUGGGACCGCCGGCAGCACCCAGCAGAUGCCACUUUCGGUGAAAAAUGGACAUUGCUGCAGGGCCCAGCUCUCUGCAUCUACAAUGACAGCCCCUUCCAGCAGCAGGACAUUGAAGGCAUUCAGCUUCUGGGGGUGGGUGGCAAGCAAGGCCGGCAGAAUGUCACAGGCAAAUAUGGCCUUGGCUUCAACACUGUCUAUCACUUUACUGACUGCCCAGCCUUCCUUACUGGAGACAGUGCCCUGUGUGUCUUUGAUCCUCAUCUCUCCUACGUGCCCACAGCCACAACUGAGAGUCCUGGUGGGAUGUUUGCUGUCACCCCUGAAUUCAAGAGGAGCUUCCCAGAUAUUUAUGGCACCUUCUUACCCUCCCUCUUCAACCUGAACAAGGGUGUCCUUUUCCGUCUACCCCUCCGCACUGCAACUGGGGCUAUCUUCUCCAGGGUGUCUGGAAGAGUUGUGCAAGACCAAGACAUCAUGGCAAUGGAGACAGUACUGGCUGAGGAAGGUGAGGACUUGGUGCUCUUCCUCCGGCACGUCCGCACCGUGGUCUUCUCUGAGAUCCCCCCAGAUGGGGAGCAAUUGUUGGAGAAGCUGCGGGUGGACACAGAGCUGACAGAUCAUGAUGCAGAGCUGAGACGGGCAUAUCAAGUGAGAUUGAGCCAAGACGUGGAUGAGAACAGCCCCACCUCUGUCUCCUAUAUGAUGACAGUCAAAACCAGCAGGGCCAGGGCCAGCACUGUGUGGAGAGUGAUCUCCCAGAUUGGGGUGCAGGAGGGGACUGAGGAAUCUCCAGUGCCUGGGCGGCUGCCCUAUGGGGCUGUGGCUGCCUGCCUGAAGCCAUUGGUCUUGCAUAAAUUCACAGGCAAAGCUUUCUGCACCCUCCCACUGCCGCUGAGCACAGGGCUACCUGUGCACAUCAAUGCCAACUUCUCUGUGGAUGCAGCCAGACGCUUUCUCCGCCAGGACUCAGGAAGCACAGAGGCAGCCUGGAACAGCUUCUUGCUCCGGCGCUUGAUGGCUCCACUAUACUGUGCCUUUCUCGCCAGGCAGUGGAAAGCCCUGGGGCCUGAAGGGCUCCAGUUCAAGUCCCUGAAGGUCUGCCAGCAGCAUCUGGCCUUCCAUUACCUCCAAUUCUUCCCUGUUGUGAAAGAGGCACAACCCACCUUUCAGGAUCUGGUGAGGAAUGUCUACAGGCAUGUCAGUUGUGCACCCCUGGUUCCUGUGUACCACAUCAAGACACUUAGAAAGCUACCUGACAGCAUGGUGACAGUGACCUGGGCAUCUCCAGGUGGUGGGAAUGUGCUAACAGAGCCAUACUUCCUUCAGACAAUUCCUGAACCAGCUCUCCAGAAUGUGCUGCAGCAGCUGAACAUGAACCUGGUGCCACCAUUCAUUCACCUGAAGCAGAUCUACAAGGAGUUCACUGAAGCCUGUGUGGAUGCUGUUUCCUUGCAGGCAGCCUCUCUACGGCGCUUCCUCAAGGCCCUGGCACUCCCCGUGCCCUGCAUGCUAGCAAAGACACCCCUGAGGACCCCGGAGAGCUGUGCUAUCCUGCUGAGACACUGCCUGGAGCCUCGGGAUGUGGACAAGGCAGAACUGGAAGGCCUGCCCUUGCUGGCCACACAAGACGGCUCCCUGAAUGCCCUCAGCACCCACCACCCAGUCUUCCGCAGCUCCUUUGCCCACCUCUUCCCCCUUCAGUGUCACCGCUUUGCUGACGAGUUAAUUUCUGUCUUGACCCUGCCUUGCUUUGUGAAGGAGCUUGACCUCCUGGAGGCCACACCACUCAUCCAGGAGGCACUGGGUCACCUGAAUUGGACCACAGAGGGGAAUAAGUGGCUCAAGGAGCUGUGGAAGUUCUUCAGCACUGUGGUCUACUCACCCAAAAUGACCCAAGACAAGUUGGAGGCAAACAUGAAUUCAUUCAUGAAUGAUCUCCGGGAUGUGAUAGUGCUGCCUGUUGAGGGGAAUAAGCCAGGCUCACAGCACCUACUGCCUCUAUCCUCCCUCCCCAAUGUUCUUUUUGAGUGUGAUACACAAGUGGCCAAGGUGCUGCACAAACUGGGCAUCCCUAUGCUCCAGCGGCUCCUGCUGCCUCCUGAAUUUGCCUACCACUGCCUGAAAACAAGGACACUGUCAGCCAGAGAUCCCAGGGCUCUGGUGUUCCAGCUGGCAGACACCAGAGCUGAUCUCCACUGGAGAGACUUAGAAGAGACGGAUGUUACUGUCCUGCUGUGCUCUGUGCAAGGAAAACUGGAUUCAUUGGCACUGCAGCAGCUCCAGCUCCUGCCUCUCUUCCAGAAGUAUAAUGGGGACUACGUUUCUGUGGCACCCUCCUGCAAGGUGCUGCUGCUCAAAAGCCAGUUCCCAAAACUGCCCAAGGGUGUUGAAACCCUGUACAACCUGAAGAAGGAUAUGGUGCUGCUCACAGCAGACAAGAUGCACCAACAGCUGGCCAAGGAUUUGGGGUGGGAGGUCACAGAUGACAAGCAGCUCUUCAAGACUGUGGUGUUGCCCCGGCUGUCCCAGCUCACAGCACAGCAGCUUAUGGAAGCUCUGCGCUUGUUCUUUAACCUGAAAUUCAUCUGUGAUGUUAAGUUGGAGAAAGCUGUUGUGGCAGCUUUUCGGGCUGUGGCCUUUAUACCUGAUGCCCAAGGUGUGCUGCGCCUGGCCUCCUACUUCUAUAUCAACACACAAUCCUUCAGCACCCUGCGGCUCCAACACCGCUUUGUGCCCAAGUCUUUCUUCAAGGAGCUAGGUCACCACAAGCAAGCUGCUGAGGAUUUCCUGCUUCAGGCAGGUGUUCGCACCAGCCUCUCUGAGGAGGAUUUUGUGGAACUGGCCUUGGAGAUAGAACAAGAAGCCACUCAGGCUGGGUGCCAUGCUAAAGACCUGCUGAUGCGACAGCAGGAGAUGCUCAAAGAGCUCUGUACCCUGUUGGACAAUCCUGAAGAAACCCCCCCAGGGAGUUUCCUGGAGCAGAUUGCCUCAAUCCGUUUCCUGCCUCCACUGGACAUCCCCCAAAACUUGAGGAAACUCCACCCCCCCUUUGCAGCCUGCACUAAGCCUGUGGCCCUGAAAGGCAGUGUUUACCAUUGCCAAGCAGAUGUGGCUGAGCUCCUGUGGACAUCAGCCGCUAUCCUGCCAAAGUGCUUUGCACUCAAGAAGAGCCUCCUGGAGGCCAUGGGAGUCCUUGUAGAGAUACCCACUGCUCUGGUGGUGGCCAACCUGGAGCAGCUGUGCAGGGUAGCCUGCCAGACACUGCAGCAGCUGAACACACGGGCCAAUGUGCUCCAGAAGGUGUACAACUUCUUGCAGACCCAUCUGAACGAGGUGGAUGCAGGGCGCCUCACUGAGCUGCCUGUGGUGCUGGCCAAGUCACAGGACAUGGCCAUGCCAUGGCGAGUAGUGACAUCACUCCCGGACGAGGCUUGCUUUUACCCCUAUCUCCUCACACCUGACCCCCACAUAAGUGUCUAUGGAGACCUCCUGCAACACCUUGGGGUGGUCCUUCUCCCCACACUGACUCACUACAGCCGUGUCCUGGCCCAAAUCCACCAGGAGAGCCAUGCCAGCAGGACCCUCAAUACCGUCCAGAAGAAGACAGUCCUGCUGGCCACUCACCACUUCUUCCAGCUUCUGCGGGAGGCAGCGGAGCCCCCUGAUUUCUCCAGCGUGUCUGAGCUGUACUUGCUGAGCACUGCUGACUGCCUGGAGUCAUCCCACGAGCUGUACUUCAAUGACUGCGUGUCCUCAAAUACCUCCAAGGUCCUGGGGAAGACCUUUGUGUUUAUGGCUGAACUACCGGGGAUUGGGCGCAAUGCCUGGUGGCUGCUGCAAAUGCUACCACAGCGCCUGCGGCCACGGGCGCUCUCAGAGGUGACAGAGCAGCAGCUGGAGAGCAGCCUGCAGCCAUGCCGCUAUGGUUCUCAGUGCCCUGGGCAGAGGUGGCUGCAGACCCUCCUGGUGUCACCAUGGUUUAGGAUGGGGCUGGAGUCCCUGCUCCAGUGGCAGAGCCACAGGGCUAUGAGAAAAAUGGAAGCGGACUGUGGCUUUGCAUUGGAGCAACUGAAAGUGCAGUGCUGCGAGGACAUCCGCACUGUGCUGGUGCACAAUGGUGCCAAAGUAGAGGGCACCUCCCAGCCACGGGUUGUGCAUGUGUGCCUGGCUGGUAGCGCCCAGCGGCUCCUCUAUAUCCGGCAUGCAGAGAUGGUGCUGAGCCGGCACCAGCUGAGGGUCCUGGAGACACUAGCACAGGAAAUCAAUACCAUCCUGGGUGGACAGCUGGAAGCACAAGCCUUGUCAGUGCUGCGCGAAAUGCUGGUCUGCCAGGAGCCACGGGAUGUGGCCUUUGUUCUGGAGGAGAAUGAUGUGGCACUGGUGGGUGCUGCACCAGAGGCAGAGGAGGUCAUGGCACCAGAGCUGGAGAAGAGGCUGCAUGGGGAGGCUGCGGCAAGGCAGAAGCCACGGAAGGAUUGCCGCAGCCUGAUGCCAGAGGGCAGUGGAGGUCACAGCACGGCUAGCAGGGAGCCAAAGGUGUUGCUGGGUGCUGCCCAGCACCAUUGCUGGGAAUGGGAAGACCAUGGCUCCUGGUUGCGCAAUGAGGAGGCCAUGGCCCUGACUCCAUCCAUCCCAGAAGCGCAGCGGUGGCUGCGGCAAGCCAAGAGUGACCUUCAGGCAGCCCAUAAUGACAUCAGGUGCUGCUGCUCCAACUGGGUCCUUUUCAAGGUGCACCAGGCCCUGGGGAAGGCACUGAUGGCUGCCAUACUUUGCUGUGGUAAAGCUUUCGAGGCACCACCAGGGCUGGUGGGGCUGGCCCGGUGGCUGGAGGUGGCAGAGCCAAAGCUGAGGGGCCUGGCUGAGGAGGUGGAGUGGUUGCAUAGCUAUGGCGUGGAUGGCAAAGCCACACAGUACCCGAAUUACCACCCCUUCCCCAUCACCCCCACCGAGGCCUUCCGCAGUGUGAAUGAGGAGGAGGUAUUGAAGCGGGUGCAUGGAGUGCUAGGGAGGCUGCAGGACCAUGUGGGCAGCAUGUGAGGAUGUGCCCAUGGAAGGAGGUAUUGCCAGCUGGGACACGGGGCCACCACGGACCUCUCAAGGCCUCACCACAAAUCAAGAGUUAUGGCUUAUAAGUUAUGAAACCUUAUGAUUUAGUGGUGAAUAAGUGAAUUUGUGUAAUAGAAUAGUCUGUCAUUUUUAUUUGUGGCAUUUCUGCAUGAGCUUAUGAAAUAAAGCUUAACAGAGUA